AUGCGCACCUCGCGCAUUGCUCAAGACACAACGCGGAUCUUCUCUGCGCUGUCGCCUAACGCCCGCACGGGGCGAACGACACGAAGUUCGAAGCGAUUGGCAUCCUUCGCGCUGGGCUUUGAUGAACGAGCUGAGGUGAAAGAGGAGGAAAAUGCGGAAGUACAGGGAGUUGGGAGUCCUACAAGCGAAGAGAGCCCCAGGAAUCUAAUUCCAGAUAUCGAAGACGCAGUUCCUACCUCGCGGCGUUCAAGCAGAAAGCGGAAAUUCGGCACCGAGACGCCCUUGAAUGAUACUGUUGUGGCAGGGACGGUGACGAAGCACGAGACACCUGGGGCAUCGCCCCGGGAUGUCAAGGAGGAGGAUGCAGACACAGAACGCGAUGAACUAGGAGCUGAGGCUGUCCCACUCGAAGCAUCACCGAGUGGUGGCGGACGAGCGAGAGCAAGAGCAAGACCUAAGAUUCCAGCACGAAAAAUUGGCUCUCCAUCUAACGCAGGAGCGGGAAAAGUACGCAUCCAAGCCCCCUUCAACUGGGAGGAGAUCUACAGCAUCAUCAAAGCCAUGCGGCAGCGCAACCCCACCGCUCCGGUCGACACCAUGGGAUGUGAAGACCUCUACUGGCGGGCUGCGCCGCCACGGGACCAGAGAUAUCACACGCUCACCGCGCUGAUGCUCUCCUCGCAGACGAAAGACACUGUCACCGCAGCGGCGAUGCAGCGCCUCCAUACUGAACUGGGGCCUCGAGACGGCGAUGGGCAAGGCAAGCUCCAGCUCCCACAAUCCGCGUUAAAUAUUGAGAACGUCAUCUCCUGCGAUGCGACACACCUCGACAGUCUCAUUGGCAAGGUCGGCUUCCACAACAACAAGACAAAGUACAUCAAACAGGUGGCUAGGAUCUUGAAGGACGAGUACAACUCCGACAUACCGGACAGUGUGGAGGGCCUGGUGCGCCUCCCGGGCGUGGGACCCAAGAUGGCGUAUCUGUGCAUGUCGGCCGCGUGGGGGAAGGACGAAGGCAUCGGGGUGGACGUCCACGUCCACCGGAUCACGAAUCUUUGGGGUUGGCACAAGACGAAGACGCCGGAGGAGACGAGGAUGUGGCUUGAGGGGUGGUUGCCCCGGGACAAAUGGCACGAGAUCAACAAGAUGCUGGUCGGGCUGGGGCAGACGGUCUGUUUGCCCGUGGGACGGAGGUGUGGGGAGUGCGAUCUGGCGGGCACGGGCUUGUGCAAGGCUGAGAUACGUGGUUGGAAGGCUAGUGACAGGAGAAUGAAGAAAGAGAAGCUCGAGAUCAGCGUAGAUACACCUGCUCAGGCUGUGAAACUCGAGGUCCAGGAGCGGAAGAUAGUGGCGGUCAAGGAGGAGCUUGUAGAUUCAUGA